AUGUAUGCUUUGACUGUUGGUACUGAGGGUGACUGUUACCUGUGUGUGCCGCCCGAACCUGGUAUAGUGGCUGCUGCUCUAGGUGCUAGUGAGUCUGCUCUCUCUGGUACUGCGCCUGCUGAGGCCUUGCCCACCUUCACGCUUGACUCAGUCGGCGUCCGUGGACAGGGCCGCGAGCGGUACUUUCUGCUGGUUGUUGACGACUACUCGCGUUACACCACGGUCUUCCCCUUGCGCAACAAGGGGGAGGUCCUUGAUGUCUUGAUCCCUUGGAUCCGAGCUGUUCGUCUCCAGCUGCGCGAGCGGUUCCGCACGGACCUUCCUGUCCUGCGUCUGCACUCUGACAGAUGUGGUGAGUUUUCCUCCAACCUCUUGAGGGACUUUUGUCAAGGGGAGGGCAUCCUCCAGUCGUUCACGCUUCCGGCCUCCCCGCAGCAGAAUGGGAUUGCUGAGCGUCGCAUUGGCUUAGUCAUGGAGUUCUACCACCCCACCUCGCGCCGUGUCCUGCCCUCUCAGGACGUCACGUUUGACGAGUCGGUUCCCUUCUACCGUCUCUUCCCCUACCGGUCAGCCCCUCUCCCCCCUCCGCCGCUCUUCCUCGCUCCAGGUCCCCCUCCGGUAGACCCCCUCCCCCCUCAGGGUCCUGCUCCUUCAGGUGUCUCUUCGGUAGACCCACUUCCCUUAGCUGAGCCUGUCGAGGUGACAGGUGACUCUGGUGCUGCUAGGGGUGGUGCUGCUCAGGGUACUGCGUCUGGGGGUAUUGAGCCUGAGCGUGCGGAGCCUAGGGGUGCUGAGCCUGAGCGUGCGGAGCCUGGGAGUGCUGAGCCUAAGCGUGCGGAGUCUGGGGGUGCUGAGCCUGUGCGUGUAGAGCCUGAGGUUACUGCGCCUGGGGGUGCUGCGUCUGGGGGUGCUGAGCCUGGGGGUACUGAGCCUGGGGGUGCUGUGUGUGCUGGUAGUCCUCCGAGUUCCUCGCUGCAGCGGUCUAGCCAGCGAGAGCCUCUCUCGCCCCAGCAGCUGCGCGAGUGGUUUGCUCGGCGCACCCGCCUUCGGAGUCGCGCUGCUGCAGCUGGAGGCGCAAGAGCUGGAGGCACUGGAGCUAGAGGCGCUGGAGCUGGAGGCACCGACGCUGGAGGUACUGGAGCUGGAGGUGCUGGAGCUGGAGGCGCUGGAGCUGGAGGUGCUGGCGCUGGAGGCACUGGGACUGGAGACCCUGGCGCUGGAGGCGUUAGAGCUAGUGGCACUGGAGGUGCUGGAGCUGGAGGCGCUGGAGCUGGAGGUGCUGGCGCUGGAGGCACUGGGACUGGAGACGCUGGCGCUGGAGGCGCUGGAGCUGGUGGCACUGGAGCUGGAGCUGGUGGCACUGGAGCUGGAGCUGGUGGCGCUGGAGCUGGAGGUGCUGGCGCUGGAGACCCUGGAGCUGGAGUUACUGGCGCUGUGGGCACUUUGCAGCAGCGCCCGUUUUUCUUGCCGCCGUCGCAGCUGUCCGACCUGUCGCCUAAGUCUGUACUCCGUCAGGUUCUUAGUCUUCCUUCGUCCACUGCCCUUCCUCCGGACUCGCCCUUGCCUGCCCCGCCUCGUUACGCUGAGCAGCGAGCCUCCCUUACCGAGCGUCAUGAGCCUGCGUCUCGUCCUGCCUCCCCUGUUCGCACUGUUCGUCGUGCUCGUCGUGUCCCUCGUCCGCGUCCUCCUCCUGUGCCAGGCACUCACACUAUGGCACUUCAACCUGAGUCUGACUUGGUCCGAGCUGCCAGUCCCACUGUCACGCGUCUCCUGGCCACAAUCGUCAUUGACCCGUCGUUUGAGUCUACUGCUGCGUCUGCCUUAGUUGCUGAGCUUGUGGACUUUGCUGCUGCGUGUCGUCUCGACUACGCUGCUAGUCUUGUUGCUGAGUCUGAAUCUGUCUGUCCUCCGUCCGUCGGGGGUGAAUCCAUGGACGCAGAGAUGGCAUCCUGGAAGUCCACAGGCACCUACGUCGAUGAGGUCCCCCCUCCUGGGGUGAUCAUAGUCGAUGUCAUGUGGAUUUUCAGGGUGAAGCGGCCACCGGGUUCUCCGCUUGUCUUCAAGGCUCGUUACGUUGCACGACCCUUCAGUCAGCGACAGGGAGUUGACUUUUUCCAGACCUUCUCCCCUACCCCGAAGAUGACCACUCUUUGGGUGCUGCUGCACGUUGCCGCUCAGCGUGACUACGAGCUUCACUCUCUUGACUUCAGCACAACGUUCUUACAGGGCAGCCUGCACGAGGAGAUUUGGCUGUGCCACCCACCUGACUUCACUGGGUCGUUCCCUCCUGGUACCCAGUGGAGCCUCCGGCGGCCAGUCUACGACACUUCGCUGCCGCGGUUCUACAUCCUCGUGUACGUCGAUGACUUGGUCUUUGCCACUACUGACACUGAGGCACUGGCCCUUAUGAAGUCGGAGCUGCAGAAGAGACACACGUGCACAGACCUGGGUGAGCUGCGCAGCUACCUUGGCUUGCAGAUCACCCGGGACAGAGCACGUCGCACCAUCACCCUGACUCAGUCAUACAUGGUGCAAUAG